GUCAGUGAGAAGGUCGGGGGAGCUGAAGGGACCAAACUUGACGAUGACUUCAAGGAAAUGGAAAAGAAAGUGGACCUCACCAGCAAGGCAGUUACAGAAGUAUUGACCAGAACAAUAGAGUACCUCCAGCCCAACCCAGCUUCUAGGGCCAAGCUCACCAUGCUCAACACCAUGUCCAAGAUCCGCGGGCAGGUGAAGAACCCCGGGUACCCGCAGUCGGAGGGGCUGCUGGGGGAGUGCAUGAUCCGCUAUGGCAAGGAGCUGGGAGAUGAUUCCAACUUUGGUGACGCGCUGCUUGAUGCUGGAGAGUCCAUGAAGCGGUUGGCAGAGGUGAAGGACUCACUGGAUAUUGAAGUCAAACAGAAUUUUAUUGAUCCUCUCCAGAACCUGUGUGACAAAGACCUGAAAGAGAUACAGCACCAUCUCAAGAAGCUGGAAGGCAGACGUUUGGACUUUGACUACAAGAAGAAACGACAGGGCAAAAUCCCAGAAGAGGAACUUCGACAGGCCUUGGAGAAGUUUGAAGAGUCCAAGGAAGUAGCAGAGACCAGCAUGCACAACCUCCUAGAAACCGAUAUCGAGCAGGUGAGCCAGCUCUCAGCCUUGGUGGAUGCCCAGCUGGACUAUCACAGACAGGCUGUGCAGAUCCUGGACGAGCUCGCGGAGAAGCUCAAGCGCAGGAUGAGGGAGGCCUCCUCGCGCCCCAGGAGGGAAUACAAGCCCAAACCCAGGGAGACAUAUGACUUUGCAGACACUGACCAAUCUAAUGGGGGCUUCUCCUGCACUCCCACCCCCAAAAGCUCAGCUUCCUCCUCUUUCCGAUCCGACAAGCCGUCCCGAUCCUCCGUCAGGAGUAUCCCCCCCCUGGACCAGCCGUGCUGCAAAGCUCUCUACGACUUUGAACCCGAGAACGACGGCGAGUUGGGCUUCAAGGAAGGAGACAUCAUCACCCUGACCAACCAGAUCGACGAGAACUGGUACGAGGGCAUGAUCAACGGCCAGUCGGGCUUCUUCCCCCUCAACUACGUGGAAGUGCUGGUUCCGCUACCUCAGUGAGACGCCAUCGCCCCCUCGUGUCCCCCCCCGCGCCGGGCAGAGCCUUCCAUUCCAUCUCCAUCCCGAAGCCAGGUCUCUCCUGACAGCGGGGCCGUGUGUCCUCUCUCUGUGUCACCUCGGGGCCAGAUUGCCACCAGGGAACAAGCCAGAAGGGUCUGACGGCCC